AUGAAGACUACUCUCCUGGCACUUUUCGCUUUUGGCGGCCUCUUCGCCAGCACCAUUGCCAAUCCCAUUGGCGCUGUAGAGGCUCUGGCUAAACGUCAAGAUGACGAGGAUUUUGCCACUCAAGGCGUCGCUCUUGAAGACCUGUUUGCCAAGGUCCAGGAACAGACUGGCCAGAUCAACAAGACUGUUGAUGCCGUGCCGGACACAGCCACCGGUCCUCAGACUGACAAAGCCGCCGCCGACAUUGCUCCUCAGCUGGAUGCUAUCACUGUCUUGUUGAGCACUGCUGCCGAUAACAUCGCAAAGCGGGACCUUCAGGCACGCCACGGAUGGAAGAAGGCAGACAUCUUCGUCAUCGUAUCCAAGCUGAUCUAUGAGAUCCUGUGCACUGUGAAGGUUCUACUGUUCAAGCUUGGUCUUGCCAAGGUCAUCAUUUACCUUACGCCACUGGUCCUUGCUCUCGUGAAGCUGCUCAAAGCCCUUGAUCAUGUCGUUGCUGGUCUGCUACUCGCAGUCAAGUCAAUCGCCAACGAACUUCUCAAGGCCGUUGGUCUCGGGCUUCUGGGUUUGAUCUGA